CACAAACAUUUUUAUAGGUGCAAACCAAAAAAUCAAAAGUGCUGGCGCUGAAAGGAAGACGACAGGUGGGCUGCCUGACUUCCGCUGAGAGAGGUGUCUUGACCACAGCUUGUGUAUGUAUGUCAGCAACGGGGUACUACAUACCUCCUAUGCUCAUAUUCCCGCGAGCACGCCUCACGGAGUCCCUGAAGACUGGUGCCCCGCCGGAAACUCUAUUCAGUUGCAACGGUAGUGGUUGGAUGACAAUGACCGAUUUCAAUACGUGGUUCGAUCACUUUUUGGAACACAGCCGGCCGACUGCUGCAGCUCCAGUGUUGCUGAUUCUAGAUGGGCACGUCACGCAUACCAAAAACAUAGCCUUCCUCGAAAAAGCCCAGCAAAACCACGUGACGGUGGUUAGUUUGCCUCCUCAUUGCAGCCAUCGUAUGCAGCCCCUCGAUGUGAGUUUCAUGGCUCCCCUCAAAUCGAGCUUUUCGAAAGCAAUCGAAGCUUUCCUCAGGCGGAAUCCGGGAAAGGUUGUCACAGUCAAUGAUGUGAGUGCCUUGUUCGGAGAAGCCUACUUGAAGACCGCAACAGCUUCUGUGGCACAGAGUGGAUUCAAAGCUACAGGAAUUGUACCCUUUAAUCAGUUCAUUUUCACUGCGGCCACUGUCACUCCUGAAGAUAUCCUUCCGUUACCAAAGGUAACCGUCAAGAAGCUUCGUAAGAAGUCAAGGCGUGAAAAGGCAACAGAAUUGACUUCAAGCCCCUACCGGCGAAGUCUCAAAGGAUUUCGUGCUUCGAAUGACAUAAAACAACUUCAGAAGUCGAAACGCAGAUCUAGAGUUACUCCGAAACAUUCGCGAAAGUCAAAAGUUGGUGAGCAAACCUCAUUACAAGAUACACUGUGCGACAACUGUGGAAUGGUUUUCAGUUCGUCUGAAGACGGGACAUGUUGGAAAUAA